GGCGCCACGAGAGGUUCGUCGUCAGUCUCAUAAGAGAGCCGCGAACCCUGUACCUGAUCCCGAAGUGAGGAACCUCCCUUGGCUUCCGUUGGGUCUUCCCUCCAGCGUCUCCGGCCGUGACCCAAGGAGGCGUGGCUUCAGGGAGGCUUGACCCCGAGGGAGGCGUCACGUGACCAGGUUCCUCCAUCAAGGCAGGACUUGGUUGUCGGUGUGUAUGUGUGUGUCCGUGUGUGUUUUAGGACUCAGCCCAACGUGGGAGGCAGUGAACUCUUCUUGAACACAGGACGUAGAAAAGAGAAAGAGAGAGAGAGAAAAUAAAAAUUAAAAACAACAACAACAAAACAUAAGUUUGAUUUUGGAUUUAGUGUGAAUUAGAAAAAAAAAAAGAUUCAAAAAAAAUUAAGAUAGAUAAAGGAUGUUCAGUGAUAAUACGUGAUCUAAGAAAACCAAAACAAAAUCAGAAGAGAGAAAGAUUUUCUUUUCUUUUUUUUGAGAAAUCUUACCGAAUCUCAAGUGAACGCGACCUGAGGGGAAAAAAUAACUUAAUGGCGACCGAACACCAGUGAAAAAAAAAAAACAUUCCUUGGAACGACGCUGAAGGGGGAGGAAUUUCCCACAACAUCUGCUGAAAGAAAUUUGGAAAAAAGAACGCCAAGAUGCCUGGUCUGGACGCCCUUAUUGCCCUCAAGGAUCGGGCCAAGGAGGUGAAGCAGGUGCUGGUUAGCAAAACACAGUCCGAAGUCCCCCGAGACAGCGGCGUGCAGUAUGAGGAGUUCGAGCUGGAAGCCUCUAAGAUCAAUAAUCUGAAAUAUGCAGGGGUUGACGAUACGAUGGACGAGGGUUACGAGAGAGAGAAACCUCCUCUACGAAAGAUUGACCAGUACCUUCCGCCCGACUGCCCUUGUUGCAACAUCACAAAGCGGUUUACUAUGGCCAUCUUAGCCAGCAUAGGUUUUCUCAUAUCAUUUGGCAUCAGAUGCAACAUGGGCGUCGCGGUGGUCGAGAUGACGUCAAACCAGACGCUUACUGGGAAGAGAGAAAUCGACUGGAGCGACGACAUAGUGGGCGUGGUCGACUCCUCCUUCUUCUGGGGUUACAUCAUCACACAGGUGCCGGGCGGUCUGAUCGCCUCGCGUUUCCCUGCACACCGAGUGUUCGGAACGGCCAUCGCGACUUCAUCUCUCCUGAACAUGCUUAUCCCGGGCGCCUCCAGACUCCACCCCGUCGCCGUUAUCUCCGUCAGGGUGCUUCAGGGCCUUGUCGAGGGCGUCACGUACCCGGCCUGCCACGGCAUCUGGAGGAACUGGGCACCGCCUCUGGAGCGCUCUCGCCUCGCCACCCUGGCCUUCUGCGGGAGUUACGCCGGGGCGGUGCUGGGGAUGCCCCUUUCCGCCUGGCUCACGCAGGGCAUAGGGUGGCCGGCGCCCUUCUAUGUCUAUGGUAUGGUAGGCUUAGGCUGGUACGUGUUCUGGUACUGGUUAGCGUUCGAGAAGCCAGCGACCCAUCCAACGAUAUCAGCGAGGGAACAGGUUUACAUCGAAGAGAGCCUCGGAAAGCAGCAAACGUCGCAGCCCACUUUCGCCACGACCCCCUGGCUGGCCUUCGCGACCUCCCUGCCGGUGUGGGCGAUCAUCGUGGCCAACAUCGCCAGGUCGUGGACGUUCUAUCUGCUCAUCAUCUCGCAGCCGACGUACUUUAAGGAGGUUUUCAAGUACGACAUCGCUAAGAGCGGCACCGUGUCCGCCCUGCCCCACCUGGUGAUGACGAUCGUCGUGCCGUUCGGGGGUCAGCUGGCCGACUACUUCCGGAAGAACAACAUCCUGUCGACGACCAACGUGCGGAAGGUCUUCAACUGCGGCGGCUUCGGCAUGGAGGCCGUGUUCCUCCUCGUCGUCGCCUUCACGAGGGACACGACCGUCGCCAUCACUUCGCUCACUCUGGCCGUGGGCUUCUCGGGCUUCGCCAUCUCGGGCUUCAACGUGAAUCACCUGGACAUCGCCCCCCGCUACGCCUCCAUCCUCAUGGGCAUCUCCAACGGCUUCGGCACCCUCAGCGGCAUGAUCUGCCCCAUCAUCGUCGAGGAGUUCACCAAGCACUCGAGCGCGGCCGAGUGGCAGGUGGUAUUCGUCAUCGCCUCCGUCAUCCACUUCCUCGGCGUCACUUUCUACGGCAUCUUCGCCUCCGGGGAGCUGCAGCCGUGGGCCGAGCCGCCGCCGGAGGAGCAGGAGGAGCAGCAGUACGUCAAGGUG